AUGGACACCUACGAACAAAAUGUUAUGCAAACGCUAAACGCGGAACCUCAAGGUGGUAGCACUGAUAUGAUGAAGAAAGUGGAGAGAGCGUUGAGGCUCAUCAAGACGGUGGAGGAAGCUGAGCGAUGGAUGAUACUUAAUAAGCAGAACAUCCGCUUAUUCAAAAAGAUGUUGAUGUUAAAGAAAGAAAAUCCUCUGCGUCUUGAAGCUAAUAUUGGACUUUGUAAAUCAUACCAGCGGCAACUUCACCGACUGCGAUUAGAUUUAGUUAAACAAGGUGGUGGAGUCACCAAAAAACAAAAUCGACAUCUAAUCUGGGAGACAAUUGAAACCCACCACCAGGGCAGGGUGAAGACUGGUAUGAUUACAAAUUUGGAUUAUAAAGAUCCAAAUAUAUUUUUCAACCGGGCAUUUCCAAUGUUUAGAAGACACGUUCGGCGUGAGCUAGUGAAUCAUCCCCUCAAGGUGUAUAUUAUGUUCACGGGCAAUUUCAUUAAGCCCACCACCAAAGAGGAGGAUUUGAAAACUUUUAUAACAAUUCCAGGAACGCGAUAG